AUGUUCGCGAAAUUGUUGAUUGUCUGCUUGUUGGCCGCGGUGGCGAUGUGCCUCGAGUACCCUCCCGGUGUAAACCCAGCGCUAUGCCCCAACUACCCGUACUGCGAUGCCGGUAUGGGCCCACGGUUCACCAUUGACGGACAACCCAUACCUGAGUGGGUAUACAACCCUAGCGUUCUACCAGUUGCACCUUUGGACCCUGCUGUUGUCGCUGCCCCCCAGUAUCCCGCCAACUUCCCCGCUACAUUCUGCCCGAACUACCCUUACUGCUUUUGA